UCUCUUCUCCUUCCUCCCUUCUUCUUCUCUCUAUCCCCCUUUUGUGUCGGUGAUCAGAUCUCCCUCUCGAUUCUUUCCCUGCCGACGAAAACGUGCGUUCAAAGCAAAGCCCCUUCGCACUCAGCUUUUCAGCAAUUGCUUGUUAAAGCUCGGAUCUUUCGUGGUGGGUUUGGAGAAAUCGAGAGAGAGAGAGAGAGGCGGAGAGAGGUGAAUGAGAAAUUGGCCUGCGAUUCUGUCUCUGUCGGUGAAGGGUUGCUGGGGCCAAUGCGGCUGAUCUGAUUAUCUUCUCUCUUCGAUCUCACCCUCAUCAAUUUCGUAUUUUUUCUCACCUAAAUUCAGAUCAAAUCUGAUACGAUCAUGAUGCAGCAAGAUCCUCAGCGUAAAAAGAACAAUCUAGAGAUGGAGUUCUUUUCUGACUACGGUGACGCCAGCAGGUUCAAAAUCCAAGAAGUAAUCGGAAAAGGCAGCUACGGAGUCGUCUGCUCAGCCAUAGACACCCUUACCGGCGAGAAAGUCGCCAUCAAGAAAAUACACGACAUCUUCGAGCAUAUAUCAGACGCCGCCAGGAUCCUCCGGGAGAUAAAACUCCUCAGGCUCCUGAGGCAUCCGGACAUAGUCGAAAUCAAGCACAUUAUGCUCCCCCCUUCGCGGAGAGAGUUCAAAGACAUCUACGUUGUGUUUGAGCUCAUGGAGUCUGAUCUUCACCAAGUUAUUAAAGCCAAUGAUGAUUUGACCAAAGAGCAUUACCAGUUUUUCCUAUACCAAUUAUUGCGUGCACUCAAGUACAUUCACACAGCUAAUGUCUACCAUAGAGAUCUGAAGCCAAAGAAUAUAUUGGCUAAUGCAAACUGUAAACUCAAGAUUUGUGAUUUUGGAUUGGCGAGAGUGGCUUUCAAUGACACCCCCACAACAAUCUUCUGGACAGACUAUGUUGCUACAAGAUGGUAUAGAGCUCCAGAGCUUUGCGGAUCUUUUUACUCAAAGUAUACACCAGCAAUUGAUAUCUGGAGUAUAGGCUGCAUUUUCGCCGAAGUAUUGAUGGGAAAGCCACUUUUCCCUGGAAAGAAUGUGGUUCACCAGCUUGAUCUUAUGACUGAUCUGCUCGGGACACCUUCCCUGGACACCAUCUCCCGGGUGAGGAAUGAGAAGGCAAUGAGGUACUUGACAAGCAUGAGGAAGAAGCCACCUAUUCCGUUUACUCAGAAGUUUCCAAACGCAGAUCCUUUGUCUUUGAAGCUGUUGGAGAGGCUUCUCGCUUUUGAUCCAAAAGACCGGCCAACCGCUGAAGAGGCACUUGCGGAUCCAUAUUUCAAAGGACUGGCGAAAGUGGAGAGGGAGCCAUCGUGUCAGCCCAUUACGAAGAUGGAGUUUGAGUUCGAGAGAAGGAAGGUCACUAAAGAAGAUAUCAGAGAGCUGAUAUCUAGGGAGAUACUUGAGUACCAUCCUCAGCUGCUAAAAGAUCACAUGAGCGGUGCUGAUAAAACCAAUUUUCUCUAUCCAAGUGCUGUUGAUCAAUUUAGAAGACAGUUUGCACAUCUUGAAGAAAACAGUGGGAAGACUGGCCCUGUUGCACCUCUAGAAAGGAAACAUGCCUCUCUUCCCAGGUCAACAGUUAUACACUCAACGGGAGUUGCAAGAGGAGGACAACCGAAACUUAUGAACAGCACAAACACAUUGAACCCUGAAACAACUCGAAACAUUCCUCUUAAUCAUCAUGCAACGUUACAAGCACAACAAAGAAACCUCUCAGCUGCCAAACCAAGCGCAUUCAUGGGCCCGGUGGCGCCUUUUGACAACGGUAGAAGCAGUAGAGAUGCAUACGACCCGAGAUCAUUCAUCCGUAGCACUACUACUUCUCUCCCCUUUCAACAACAGUCUGCAUCAACAGCCGCCAUGGGGAAGCAACAAGAGAGGAGAACAACAACAACCAUGGAGUCUGAGAAGCAGGCAAGGCAGAUAUCUCAAUACAACAUAUACGCACAACCAGACGUGGCAAUCAACAUAGAUAACAACCCGUUUAUCAUGGCUCGAACCGGAAUGCACAAGGCGGAGAACAUGAGUGAUCACCGGAUCAUAAUAGAUACAAAUCUGUUGCAAGCAACAGCAGGAAUAGGAGUUGCGGCGGCUGCUGCAGCGGCUGCUCCCGGUGGUUCUGCUCACCGGAAAGUUGGAGGUGUUCGGUACGGCAUGUCAAAGAUGUACUAGAGCUUUGAUCACACAGAACAUCAUAUAUAAAUGGAUGUAAUAUUCUUGGCAUAUAGAGUCGACAGGGAAGUUUCUGAUUUUUCUCACGUUUAAAAAGAACCGACGGCUGCAGGGAGGAUGUAUCAGCGUGGACUGUGGAUGCUAAUGAUGAUGAGUGUUUCAUGGCAACAACCGAUGCAUGUGGUAGUGGGAGCCAUUUCAGAGACACCACUUUGUUCCUCCGAAGUCAAAGAAGUCUGCUUUGUUACUUGAUUACUCUGUAACCAAACAAUUGGUGUGUAAUUGUGUAUAUAUUUUGAUCUGAGUUGGCUUAUUUUCUUAUGAAACAUGUUUCUCCUUA